AUGCCUGACGACGACGACGAGAGUGCGCUCAUGGAUUGGAAAGGAGAGGAGGAGGAGGAGGAGGAGAGGGAAAUUAUAACGCACAAAGUAGUGGUGUUGGGGAGCCCGCGGUGGUUGUGGCUGCGGACGGUGGGGAGGAGGAGGAGGAGGACGAGGAGGAGGGGGGAGGACAAGGAGGAGGAGGAGGAGGAGGAGGAGGAGGAGGAGGAGGAGGAGGAGGAGGAGGAGGAGGGAGGGAGGAGGGAGGGAGGGAGGGAGGAGGAGGAGGAGGAGGGAGGAGGAGGGAGGAGGACGGAGACGGCGUCGCUAUGA